AUGUCUCGUAAAAGAAAUGACAAAGUGCCUGAGAAAAUAUAUAUACCAGAUGAUGACUAUGAUGAUGAAGUUACUGACUUUUCUUUUGAGGGUUACGAACCAGAAACUUUUAACCUAACUUCUACACUUAGUGAUGAUUAUUUUCUUAACAUGUUAUGCGGAGAAAACAUGUUAAGGAAGAGUGAUUGGGGCGACAAAUUUGAGGGGAAUACUGAUGUUGAUGAACAUGGUGAACAUUGGCACACUGAAGAUAAAGAUCAACUUGAAGUUGGUGUAUAA